CUUCCGCCUCGCUUUGCAAAAAGCUCGCUGUCGGAGGCCUGGUGCGUCACCCGGCGCGCGUCGCGCGAGGAGGUGCGGGGAAAAUGCCCGAGCUCCGACGGGCGGCGACGUCCGCACCCUGCCCUCAGGUCGGGCCUGUCCCGAGAGCGGAUUUGGGGCGAAAAAUUUAAACAUGCCCCAAAUAAAGAACCAACAAAUGCUCAAAAAUACUACAAAAGUCGUCCCCUGACUAUGUUCUACAUCUGGCAACUAUUUGGCAACCUGCUUCAGAGCGAGCAACGACACAUAUGUACAUGUACGCCCUCCGCGGUCUCGAGUGCACGAACGUCCUCGCUCAAACGCCCUCCAGGGGAAGCUGACCGCGUCCGCGUACCUAUGUUGCUGGCCUCUGAGCUUCCUCUCCGCUGAUCGUCCUCCACAACGUCUGCACUGCCCCCCGGCCUCGAGGCCCCCGACUCGGGUCCUAUAGCUCGGGUCUCCAGCGGCCGCUCGGGACGGCCGGGGAGCGCCCCUGGAGCGCCCUCCCGGCGAGGCGCGGCCACGCGAGCGCACCCCGAGGCCGGAGGACCGCGCGAGGACCUCGAGCCCGAAACUCCCAAACUCCGAAAACUCGAAGGCUCGCCGCCGAUGGAUCGUGAUGCAUCGGCGAGUCCUGACUCCCAGGGCCCGGACGCCGCCGCCGACCAGCGCAGGGCCCCCCCCGUCGAGGGGGGGGGGGCCACGGAGGGCCCGGCGCCCGGAAGAGCAGGGCGGCAGACUCAGCCGCGAGGCGCGCGCACGGGGCUGCGCCGGCACAGGGGGGUCGGAGAGCGAGGCGGGCCCGGAGGGGGAGGGGGAGGAGGGGGAUGAGGAGGAGGAGGAGGGAGGGGGCUGUGGGCCAGGGAGGCUGGGACUGUGCGCGGCGUCGUGCGCGACUGCUCGCGGCCUCACGCGUCGCCCCAGUGCGUGGGCCCCGGAGGUCUUGCUGCGCGAUGUGAGCCAGGCCGUGCUGGUCGGCUCCUGGCACACGAACUAAACCUAAGUCGGGCCUGUCCCCCUACAGGGCGAUUUGGGGUGAAAAAGCAGAGAAUACUCCCGAAAAUGCUUCAAAAAU